AUGUAUAUACUCGCUAAAUACAACGCUUUGGCUGCGCUUUCUCCAUUCAUUAUCAUUAUUAGUAGUCGUAGAAGUACACUCUAAAAAAAUGCUGGUUUUCUGUAAACACAUCGUUGGGUUGUUUAUGCUGGGUCAAAAUUCUGGGUUAUUUCGUGUACUUUAAUCACACUGUUGGGUUGCUUUUGCUAUGAAUUCUAAAAAGAAACAUCUCAGUUUCCUCCCUAGACCUUUUGUCUGCAUCACAAUGAACUGAAGCUCAGCACGUCAUCUUUCCUUGUUUGAAUCUGUAAUAUUUAAAGGAAAUAUAUUUUGCUUAUAGGCCUAAAUAUUCAUUUUCCUUUAUGGACAGGUGUAUUAUGUUUUAUCUCGAAGCGCUGCAAUUUUCGCUGGUUUCAAACCACAAUGUUUUCGGAGAUUUGAGCUUCAGACAAUCCCCAGGCGCUCUGAGCUCAUGGAUCCGCCCAACGCAGCCACACUUCUGAACGAACGUCUAAAACUACCGCUGGCUAACUAUGUCUGCAGUGGUUAAAACAGCGGAAUAAUUUCAUUUAGGGUAUUUCUAAAAGGCAAUCUACUGUAUUUACAUUAUGUGAAGUUAAAACAAAAUGGUUCUAUUUACUACAUCAAAUGGAAUGUGUCAAGCCAGCAAGAGUGUUAAUUUACCCACUGGUUGGGUCAAAUAAAAUAACCCAGCACAUUAACAUUUAACCCAGCAGUUUUUAGAGUGUAACAUCACAAAAAUAUUCCAUUUGUAAAAUAUCAUAAAGAAAUCAUAGGUUGUGUAUAGAGGGAUUAAAAACAAUACAAAACAGGCUAUGGUAAAGAAAUUCUCAGACUCUUCCAUUGCAAGGAUUGAAAACCGGUAACUAUGCCAAUUUUAGAAUCCGUAGAAGCUCAAUGGUCCGCACACAACCUCUCGUGGGGGAACAUUCUCUGAAUUCGCCAUUUUGAUGCAGGUGGGGCUAAGAAACAUCUUGGUUUAUUCACACAGAUGUACCUACAAUACACCUACAGUUUUAAAGUACAUGGAAAUUUACGGGGUUGUCAAAAGAGCAAUAUAACUUGUGGCAGUGGCACACCUAAAAUAGAUGCAGAAUAAUUUUUUAUUGUCUAAAUAUUUUUUUUUUCUAAACUGGUGCUACUGUUGUUUGCUUACAAUAUUUGUUAAUUUAAAAAUGUAAUUAAAAUGAUGUUUGGGCUGAGGAUUUUGAGCCUAUUUCUUAGGUAGUCUAAUCAGAGCUUUAUGGCCCGCUCGGUUCAUCUUCAUAGUUGGAUUUUAUAUUUUUCAAAUUUAAUACAUAAAUUAUGUUCAUAAUAAUAGAAUAAGAUGCACAAAAUUUAGCUUUAAAAUUCAAAAUAAAAAGUUUGUUAUAUAGUUUUUGUAAUGUCUUAACAGAGAUAAAACAAUAAAAGGCUUGGUAAUGCCUCGAUUUAAAUGUUCUUAAAAGUCCUGGAUAGUAGGCUAUCUGAUGUCCUGAUUCAUGAAUCUGUCAAAAUAUCUUCGUUAAAAACAUAAAAAUGUGUCGACAUUAAGCACCAUCAGAAGACAUAAUUAAAUUCCUAAAUCCUCGUGUUCUGGUGUUUAUGCUGUCAUUUGGUCAUGUUCACCCAUGGGCUAAACAUUUGUGGCAUUUUAAUUCGAAUUCAACAUUUUAAUGGGUAGUGAUCGGUGCAGACAUUCAUAGGGAAGGUCCUAAGCUAUAAAACAUAUCGAACGAAACCACUGUAGGCAUUUGCAGUUUCUACAGAUAUUAGUAGCAACAGACAUGGAGGCAAAGACGUUUUAUUCCACGAAGAAUGUUGCCGUUUGUGCGGGCAAAAAACAAAGGGUAAGAAAGCCUUUUAAUAUACUGUACAGUAGUUAUUCAGUUACCGUUUUUCCCACUGACUUUUGACAUUCAGAUUUUGUUGUACUUGUAUGCUAACUCUUAUGUUGUUUGUACAGCUUUCUGGAAAAGAGAUCAAGUCGUCCCAAAACACAAAAAAAACGGUGAACACCCGGCUUGUAAAAAAGAAAACGGCUACAAUGAUCACCCGUCGGCACCUCGCUGUAGCCAGCAGUUCAAAGGAGCAGUUACGGGCUGUGACACGUAGCCGUCUGAAUUUGGAGGCCAGAUUGGUUAGUGGCUUGGAAGCAGGUUCGAAGGAGAAGAUAACGUCACAUCUGCCAACAGCAGAUCAGGCUCUAAUCCAUGACCCCGCUGGAGACCAUUCCACACCACCCAUCGGACGCUUGGACGAUGAAGAUUUUGGCUUUCCACCAGCCGCCUCAACAGCUCUGACCGACCAUGCCGUUAAAGUAGAGAUUGAUCCGGAAAAUGUUGCUAACCUACAGAUGGCAACUGGUUCGAUACUCGACUUUCACAGUUCACCAGUUCUGGAACAUUUAAUGCCUAACUCACAAGAACAUUCAGCAGUUUCAUCCUUCUGUUCGAGAUUGCCUGAAACACCAAGAAACGCUUCGCGCUCUCAUCAUCCUGUACGCCGGUCUCUCAUACAUGGCGUGAUCAUACCUGAUGUGACUUUAAAUCAUGUGUCCAUCGAGCAAGAGAAAGAACUAUAUCUGAAUUCAGCUGGACCAGAUGGCAGACCAAGGGUAGAUCGAUUUGCUGUUGAUUUAUUUAAAAGGUUGGUUCCACACAAUGUUUACCAGAAAUGGGCAGGUUCGGUGAACUAUGAUGGUUCCAGGGGAAAAAACGCACUGCCUUCCAAUCUGCGUCAAGCAAUUUCUAAUGCUGUUGCUAAGAAAUUCCAACCCACAGCCCGCAACAAGAAGCAAAUAAGAGAUAGAAUUAACGAACUUCUUAGAAAGAAAAGAUUGAGUUUUCCUCUUUUUUAAAAAAAAAAUGCUAACUACUCCUACUUUUGCAAAGACUUGGACUGACUGUUUGCCAUCUAUUGUCUGCUAUAUUCUAUAUAUAAUAAAACUGUAUUGAA